AUGCGCACCGCCUGGCCAGUCUCUGAACAACACCAUACGAUCUCGACUGGACAAGAACUCAGUUCAGGGCCCCACGAAGAACCGACAGACCACUCAACUCCAAUUGCAGCGCCAGAAGACCAACAUAACAAAGAAGAACAUACCACCCUUCAAGACGAACCGUCUGAUCACCCAGCUCAAGUAGACCCUCAGCUCCCUCAGGAACAACAAGUAGCUGUCGUCCCAGAGGUCACGAUACAAACUUUUGAUUCAGAACCUCCACGAACCCGGAAGCGUGGGCAGGAGGACAAUUUGAUUUCAUCAGCUUCAGAAAAUAAAAAAACACCCAAAGUAACCACGUCUCGUCCCAACACUCGCUCAAGAUCAGCACGCACCCAAAAGAAGUAA